UCGUUUGCCCAAGGAUUAUCGUUCGCUCAUCUUCCAAUCCUUUCUCGAUAAGAAAACCACCGAUUGAAAUUCAUCCCGGGCGGGACACAUGGUAUAUUCGACGACGCGGCGAAUUUCGAGGUGUCGAGGCAUUUGAAAUUUCCAAAUUCGAGAUGUCGACACAGGUUUUUCGCGAUCGAUGGAACGUGGAAGCGUCGGACAUCGCGAGAAACACUCACAACCCCAUAAGAUCCAUCGUGGAGAGCCUCGUGGUCGAGCCUAAUCCCGCUAAAUCUGUCAUCUCGUUGUCGAUCGGCGAUCCAACUACGUUUGGCAAUCUAAAACCACCGAAAGAGGUAAUCGAAGCAGUUCAACAAAGCCUCGUUUCUCAGUUGUACAAUGGUUAUGCACCCAGUACAGGUUAUCAGAUUGCAAAGGAAGCUGUAGCAGAAUAUAGUUCCAACGAAUUUGUAAAAGUCGAUGCCAAGGACGUAAUUUUAUGCAGCGGAUGUUCCUGCGCCCUCGACCUCUGUAUAACAGCGUUAGCACGAAGGGAGCAAAAUAUCCUGAUACCACGACCCGGUUUCUCUAUCUAUCGAACACUUGCGGAAGGUCUUGGUAUCAACGUAAAAUCUUACGACUUACGCCCCGAACUCGGUUGGGAAAUCGAUCUAGACGAUUUGGAAUCACAGAUCGACGAAUCGACGGCAGCGAUCGUUAUAAAUAAUCCUUCGAAUCCGUGCGGUUCCGUGUUCAGCAAGGAUCACGCACUCGACAUUCUCGAUGUAGCCGCUCGUUACUACGUACCAAUUAUAGCCGAUGAGAUUUACGAGCAUAUGGUGUUUCCGGGACAAACUUUUCACUCGUUAGCGUCCUUGUCGAGAGAAGUUCCGAUUUUGUCGUGCAGCGGUUUGACAAAAAGAUUUUUAGUGCCCGGUUGGCGUAUGGGCUGGAUAAUCAUUCACGAUCGUCAAAACGUUCUGGAGAAAGAGAUUAGAAAAGCGCUUCAUUGCUUAAGUCAAAGAAUUAUCGGUAGCAAUACGCUUGUUCAGGGUGCUCUGCCUGCUAUUUUGAAGAACACGCCACAGGGAUUUUACGAUGAUGUUAUGAGAACGUUAUAUAAUCACUCGAAAUUGGCGUACGAUUAUACGAUUAAGAUUCCUGGACUGAAACCAAUAAUGCCCAACGGUGCAAUGUACAUGAUGGUUUACAUAGAUUUACCUUGUUUUCCGGAAUUUAAUUCCGACCUCGAAUUCGUGCAGCGAUUGCUAAUGGAGGAGUCCGUGUUUUGUCUUCCUGGCCAGUGCUUUGAUUAUCCAUCCUACAUGAGACUGGUCAUCACAAUUCCCAUGGAAAUGUUGGAGGAAGCUUGUCAAAGAAUUCAGGAAUUUUGCGAGAGGCAUCACUAUAAAACAGCCAAAGAUACGCAAAUAAAUAAUCUAAUUGCUACGUAUUGAAGUGCAAAUAUUAUUUUUUUAUGCUUUUUUUUUUAUUAUUUAUAUUAUAGAAAAAGCGAUUUUGUUAAUAUAAUCUAUUUUAUAAUA